UGUGUGUGUGUGCCGUGUACACAUGUAGUGUGUGUGGAUGUGGAAGGAAAAGCCAGACCAUGAGUAUCAUUCUCAAACCCCGGUCACGCUCUACCAGCUCAUUGAAGAACACGGAGGGAAUAUGUUUCGACGUGGACAAUGGCACGUCAUCAGGUCGCAGCCCCCUGGACCCAAUGGCCAGCCCGGGCUCAGGCCUCAUCCUGCAGGCCAAUUUUGUCCACAGCCAACGGAGAGAGUCGUUCCUCUACCGCUCCGACAGUGACUACGACCUCUCGCCCAAGUCUAUGUCUCGAAACUCCUCCAUUGCCAGUGACAUUCAUGGUGACGAUAUGAUUGUAACACCAUUUGCACAGGUUCUUGCCAGCUUGAGAACUGUACGAAACAACUUUGGUGCAUUAACUAAUCUACAGCAAGACAGAGCGUCCAAUAAGAGAUCACCCAUGUGUAACCCACCACCUAUCACCAAGACCACCUUCACAGAGGAGGCCUACCAGAAACUGGCCACUGAGACCCUGGAGGAGCUGGACUGGUGCCUGGACCAGUUGGAGACGCUGCAGACAAGACACUCAGUCAGCGAGAUGGCCUCCAACAAGUUCAAGAGGAUGUUGAACAGGGAGCUGACUCACCUAUCAGAGAUGAGCCGCUCUGGGAACCAGGUGUCUGAGUUCAUCUCCAGCACCUUCCUGGACAAGCAACAUGAAGUGGAGAUGCCAUCCCCUCAGACACAGAAAGAGAAGGAGAAGAAGAACAAGCCCAUGUCUCAGAUCAGCGGGGUGAAAAAGCUGCAACACUCCUCCAGCCUCACAAACUCCAAUAUCCCUCGCUUUGGAGUCAAGACGGAGACCGAGGAUGAACUCGCUAAGGAGCUGGAGCAUGUGAAUAAAUGGGGCCUUAACGUUUUUAAAAUCUCAGAGUUCUCUGGGAAUCGGCCGCUGACAGUCAUGAUGUACACAAUAUUCCAGGAGAGGGACUUGUUAAAAACUUUUAAAAUUCCACUUGACACCUUUAUAACAUACCUGAUGACCUUAGAAGACCAUUAUCAUGGCGACGUGGCCUACCAUAACAACAUUCAUGCUGCUGACGUCACCCAGUCAACUCACGUGCUGCUAUCCACCCCCGCCCUCGAGGCUGUGUUCACAGACCUUGAGAUCUUAGCUGCCAUCUUCGCCAGUGCAAUUCACGACGUCGACCAUCCUGGAGUCUCGAACCAGUUCCUCAUCAACACCAAUUCAGAGCUAGCACUGAUGUACAAUGACUCGUCUGUGUUGGAGAACCAUCAUCUAGCAGUUGGUUUCAAGCUCCUACAAGAGGAGAACUGUGACAUCUUCCAAAACUUGACCAAAAAACAAAGACAAUCACUGCGAAAGAUGGUCAUUGACAUCGUGCUAGCAACAGACAUGUCGAAGCACAUGAAUCUACUGGCUGAUCUGAAAACUAUGGUGGAAACCAAGAAGGUGACCAGCUCUGGUGUCCUGUUGCUGGAUAACUACUCUGACAGGAUACAGGUUCUCCAGAAUAUGGUGCACUGUGCAGACCUGAGCAACCCCACUAAGCCUCUCCAGCUGUACCGGCAGUGGACGGACCGCAUCAUGGAGGAGUUCUUCAGCCAGGGUGACAGAGAGAGGGAGAGGGGCAUGGAGAUCAGCCCCAUGUGUGACAAACACAAUGCCUCAGUAGAAAAGAGCCAGGUUGGUUUCAUAGACUAUAUCGUUCACCCUUUAUGGGAGACGUGGGCUGACCUGGUUCAUCCGGAUGCCCAGGACAUCCUUGACACGUUGGAAGACAACAGGGAGUGGUACCAAAGCACCAUCCCCCAAAGUCCCUCUCCUGCGCUGGACGAGGCUGAGGACGGCACUCGACCCCCAGGAGGGGACAAGUUCCAAUUUGAGCUCACCCUGGAGGAGGACGGGGAGUCAGACACUGAGAAAGACAGCGGCAGCCAGCCGGAGGAGGAAGAAGAGGAGGAGGAAGAGGAGGACAACAGCUGUACUGACUCUAAAACACUCUGUACGCAGGACUCUGAAUCAACAGAGAUUCCUUUGGACGAACAGGUGGGGGAGGACGAAGAGGAGGAGGUAGCAGAGGAGGGGGAGACGCCCUGCUCACAACCAUGUGUAGUGGAGGAAGAGGUAGCAGAGGAGGAGGAGGACGAUGAGGAGAAAGAGAAAUCCCCUGACACAUAGCAGUUUAUAGACAGCACCUGAUUAACUGUUCUUCUUAGUAAUGACAGAUGAUUAUUUAUAGAAUAUUUUUUGGGUUUUGUGGAGUCUGUCUGUGUUUUUUAUACAUCUAUGUUUAUGGUUCCAAAGCGUGCGCUGCUCCCCACCUUGGCCACUCCUCCUGUCAGCUUUGUUCAGACACGCCCACCGGUACUUCUUCAAAUUUUUUUGCACUCAGGAAAACUCCUUUCCAUUCCCAUUUGUGCUGAAGUGGUGUGUCUUUAUUUCACUUCUACACCUCCCCCUUUAUAAGCUUAAGUUUAGGACAUGGAUGAACAGUUCACAGUCUGCUCAGUUCUGUUCACAUGAUACACAAUAUCACCUUUUCCUUCCCUCUGCUUCGUCCCAGCCUGAAAGUUUAACAGUGUUUCUGUGUUUUAUCAAGUGCCCAUACUCUACAGAGACGGUUAUUGGUGUGUUCAAGGAGAAUUUCCCUCUCGGUUAGGUCAUAUCCUCCCCGCUACCAAUUGCAAGGCAUGUUAUUCUGCCGUUCUGCUGAAAACCUGAUGGGACGCCGCAGCACACUGGGGAGCUUUCCAAACACAUUUCUGAUGUGGAAGUCUUCCUUGAAAACCUGACUGACACGAAGCUCAAAUCUAAACAGCCAUGUUGCUGUCCUAGAAAUUUGUUUUUAUUGUACUGUAUGUAAGAUUGAAAUAUUUUCUAGAAUUUACUUUUGCAAUCCUAGGAUUUCUUUUGUUAGCAAAGAAGAUGAGAGAUUUUUUGCAAACCAAUGGGGAGAAAUGAUUGACAGGUUUUCAGUGUUUCAAAGCUGGGUAACAUUAGGAGUGUUCUGAGGUGUUUGCACUUGCUCCAAUAGCAUUUAUACUUCUAUUCCCAUGCCACUAUACUCAUAUUUGGUUAUUCCUGUGAGUAGAAAUUUGGAAUUAAUUCAUAACUAUUAUUUCCGGUGAGAGUUUUCACUGAGAAGGGAGCAGAAACCUGAAGACUUAUGCUUUACUCUCAUUGAAACUGUUUGUGAUGUGGAUGACGCCUUUACAUUUUUAUUAUUGUUGCCUGCAGUUCUUUUGAACACAUUCUGAGACAAUGCAAUGCUUUGUAGUUGAUACAAAAAGCACCUUUUUUUUAGACGCUUGAUUAGUGAUCCGAGUAUACAGAAAUAGUAAUGGUGUUAAAAAAUUACUGGAUGAUUUUAUACCAAUCUUAUGAAAGCCUUCUUUUAUUUCCUUGCACAUUUUGUUUGAUGUACACAUCACCAACAGCUGCAUACCUGCUUGUCUACAGCCACUUCAUUUUCUGUUAAUCUCUAUGAAUUUUUUUUUUUUUUUAAUUUUGCCAUCACAACAUUAAACCCAGUUGCUGUCUUUGUUUUGGACAAGACAAUCAGCACCGUUGCGUAGUCAUCAGAUAAGACUAUCCUUUACGUAGAUACUCUAAUGCACUGAUAUAUUCAUAUAUCACCACUUUAAUGUUUUUAAUAUGUUGAAACUCGCCAAAACACUCACUCAUGCAUACUUAGGCUUGAACAAUGCUGUCUUACACCUCGGCCAAGAGUCUCUUCCUUUUUCCAUGUUUCUAUCAUUUUUCACUUUACACCUAAUGCUAUUAUUUAUUGGUAUAUUUUUCUAUUUGUUGAGUUGUUUUUGCAAUAUAAAGGUGGUACAGUAAAUAUUUAACUGUAGCAUAGACCACAGUACAGGCUUGCCAGUUACAAUACCCAAAUAUACUUUUUUUUUUCUCUGUGUACAUAAAAUAUAGAAAAUCAACAAAAGGAAAAAAAAACAAA